CCAUGGUAACGGCGCUCAAAGGUUAGCUACCAGGAGGCGCGUCGCUAUGGCAACCGCUGGACGCGCAUAGGGCAGGAUCGCUCAUGGCGUUCUUCGGGCUCACACACCUUGGCUAUCAGGAUCCGUUACGGGCUCUCAGCCUCCAGGGCAACGGGCAAGCGGCAGCGUCCGGCCAGACAGCGGUAUACGGAAAACAUGAAGAAAGUCACAUUAAGCUGCCUGCACUUGUUCCCCAAUCUCCUUAUGUCAGUCAUGGAAAGUAUCAAGAGAUGCGAAGGCGGCAUCAAGACCUAAGAACCCCCAAACAGACUCAGCGAAUGCCUGCGACUUCAGCUCAGCAGUAUGGUUGGUGGCUUCCGCAGGAUCCAAGAAGUAAAGCAGAAUCUGUUCAUCCGUGGAUUGGCUGUCAGCGAUACCCUCAAAUAAGCAGUCCUAUGACCUUGUUUGUGCAGCAGAUGUACCUUACAGACAAAUCUUUCCGUUUGUUCUAAGUGAGUGAUCGUCAUCCAAAUAAAUAAAAUGCUGAUAAAUCUCUUUG